AUGCCGCCGUCUCCGCCUGCUAGCGAAAUCAUCGACGAAGACGAGGACGAAGCCGAGUGUCGCGUGUGUCGCGGCGAGGCUGAACCUGACCGUCGUCUAUUCGCGCCGUGCAAGUGCAGCGGCAGCAUCCGCUUCACACACUCGGACUGUCUGGAGCAGUGGCUGGAGCACUCGGGCAAGAGCUUCUGCGAGCUAUGCGGCCAUCAAUUCACCUUCACGCCGCUAUACGACGCCAACGCGCCGGAUGUUCUGCCCUGGACGGAACUGCUGGGCACAGGACUACGCGUCGUGUUGCUUAAGUGGUUUCCCUUCGCUCUCCGCGCCGUGCUCGUGCUGGUACUGUGGCUUGCGGUGGCGCCAUGGUGCACUAGCUGGCUCUACCGCAUGUGGCUGCUACGCGCGUCGGCCAUGGUGAACGUCAACUUCUCGGAGCGCUUCGACGCGCCACACAUCGUGACCGACAUCUUCUCCGGCGUGAUCCUCAUCGUGUGCAUCGUCUUCUCCUUCUUAGCGUUAAUGUCCUUUGCAGACUUUCUGAGAUUCCACUUGGACCAUAUCGAGGAAGAGAUAGCGGCCGAAGAAGUGCCGCACCACCAUCAUCACCGUCAUGAUGUAGGGCAACACAUGCGACGCGCACAGUUUGGAGAAGGUAACCACAUUGAAGAGAACGAGCAAGGUGCCGAGCCUAGAAUACUCGAAGGACCCCGGAGAUUAGGGAACCUGGACGACAACGCUGACUCGGACUCGUCAGAUGAAGAAGAAUGGGCCGAUCGGAACCGCGACGAGCCAUUCGCCGACGCCUUUAUCCAACACCGCGAGUUUGGGCUUGUAGAAGACGCAGAUCCCGUCCCACAACCACAAGAUGAACUCCGCCAGCGACGACCGCUACGUGACGCACCGGAGAUGGAAGAAGAGCGUCGGAAUGUUGCUAAUGCACCGCCCAGAGGUGCUCGCAACCGCGUAGAUCCGCCGAACAUGAACCAACGCGAGUGGGAAGACGACUUUGAGCAUAUGGAGAUCAACAUCGCGAUGGAUGAGCUGCUUGGACUACGUGGAGACUUUGUGGUUUUGUUCCGUAAUGUGUCGUGGCUGCUGGCAUUUAACGGAGCGUAUCUCGGUCUGUUCGCAUUCAUCCCGUACACUCUCGGUAGCACUUUACUGUCUGCUGGAGCCAGGAUUGCUGCCUCGUUGCCAAUUGCCUCGUCACUGGUCCCAAUUGAGAAAACGGCGACUGCUUGCAACUGGUGGACAUUUGCACGUGCACAAUGGGCUACCUGUCCAUUUGCAUGA